UUAGCCGCCGGCCGUGAAAGGGUUAAAGAGUUUUCCGUGUGCGGAGCGGCAGGCUGGAGGUUAGAGAGUGUUGCAGCGCAGAGCUCGUGGACGCGGCGGCAGUAGCAGCGUACAGCAGCGCACCGAACGCGGCCAACUUCGCCACAACGCCGCCACUACUGCACAACAAACACGCCAUGUCGGAGCGAAGGAGACUGUGGCUCUGACUGCGCGCGGUCCUACUACUAGUGAGCGUGUGUGCGCGCGUGAGAGAGAGGGAGAGGGCUGCUCUUUUGCUUUCUGUGGAUAUCGCCUUCAUGGACGGGCAACGGGGCUUUUACGAGAUGGAGAACCCGACAGAGAACCCCAGCAAGGCGGCGGAGUAUCUGAAGGAGCUGAAUAAGAUCAUCGAGACCCAGCAGGGGCUGCUGGAGAAGCAGAGGGUCCGGAUUGAGGAGCUGGAGCUCCAGGUGACGGAUCUUUGCAAGGAAAACGUCUGUCUAAAAGAUCAGCACCAACGGCACCUGGCCACCUGCAGGCUUCAACAGGGCAACCACUCCGCCCUGGGAGCCAUCAAGGAGAAUGUCAUGCAGGAAAAAUCUGAAAGUGAAAGUCCGAGACACAUCAGGCGGCACGCCUCAUUGCCCGUAGAAGUCUCUGAGAUCCCUCUAAACCUUUUUGCCCCUCCAAGUAGAAGGAGUUACCCCUGUCGCAAAUGGAAGUCUGCAUCUUUUGGACCAGACACAGAGGUCCCCAGCUCCGUCAUGAUUCACAGACGCCACCAUCACUCUGUGGAAGGUGAUGCUCCAGGCACUGAAGUGGGAGCUUCUUUGGACCCUAGUGGUGGCUACAGUUGUGUCCCAGUGACCCACAGCGGCGGGCUCGGCCCCGACCACCUGGACAGCCAGCUCUACGGGCACAUCUUGCUGCCAGGCCACUCACGGCCCCGACGGCCCAAGCUUCAGCACUCUCAGUCCAUCCUCCGCAAGCAAGCAGAAGAGGAGGCCAUCAAGCGCUCCCGCUCGCUGUCAGAGAGCUAUGAGCUCUCAUCUGACCUACAGGACAAGCAGGUGGAGAUGCUAGAGCGCAAAUAUGGUGGGCGUUUCAUAACCCGGCAUGCUGCCCGCACCAUACAGACAGCUUUCCGCCAAUACCAGAUGAACAAAAACUUUGAGCGUCUUCGAAGCUCUAUGUCUGAGAACCGUAUGUCCAGACGGAUCGUCCUAUCCAAUAUGAGAAUGCAGUUUUCCUUUGAAGGACCUGAAAAAGUCCAUAGCUCCUACUUCGAGGGAAAGCAGGUCUCUCUAACAGAUGAUGGCACUAAAAUUGGCGCACUAAGGCAGUCAGACCAUGGCGGGGAGAUGGGUGUGCAGGCCAAGACCCCCACCACACAGAGCGACUUCACAGAUGCCAUCACAGAACUAGAAGAUGCCUUUUCAAGGCAGGUGAAAUCUCUAGCCGAGUCCAUAGAUGAUGCUCUGAACUGCCGCAGCCUACAUGGUGAAGACAGUCAGUCAGAGCCAGGGAGAGGCCUCCAGGAUAUGGACAGAGAGGUCACCUGUCAGGUGAAACCCUCCCACAGCGCCUCAGAACACCGUAAACUCGAUGAGAUGACGGCGUCUUACAGCGAUGUCACCCUGUACAUCGACGAAGAGGAGUUAUCACCACCCCUCCCUCUUUCUCAGUCUGUAGACCGGCCCUCAAGCACAGAAUCAGAUUUGCGCCAGCGUUCGCUCAACUCCUCACAAGAUUAUUGGUCUCUUGCUCAUAAGGAUGAAAAAGGAGACACUGAUACCAGCUGCCGCAGUACACCUUCCUUGGAAUGCCAAGAGCAACGUCUACGGGUAGAUCACCUGCCCUUAUUGACCAUAGAGCCUCCCAGUGAUAGCUCAGUGGAGCUGAGUGAUCGUUCUGACCGCAGCUCUUUAAAGAGACAGAAUGCCUACGAACGAAGCAUCAGCAACCAGCAGAGUAGCCCUAAACAAGUCAGCCACAGCCUGCCACCUCGAGGGCCUUCCAGAGAAGAAGACACUUCCCGACAUCGAUCGCGACAGCUGGAGGCCCAUCUGGCAAUCAAUGGUACAGCAAACCGGCAGAGCAAGUCAGAGUCGGAUUUCUCAGAUGGCGACAAUGACAGCAUCAACAGCACAUCAAACUCCAACGAUACCAUCAAUUGUAGUUCUGAAUCCUCGUCCAGAGACAGCCUGCGUGAACAGACGCUCAGCAAGCAGACGUACCACAAAGAAACUCGAAACAGCUGGGACUCACCUGCAUUCAGCAAUGACAUCAUUCGCAAGAGGCAUUACCGCAUUGGCCUAAAUCUCUUCAACAAGAAACCAGAAAAAGGCAUUCAGUAUCUGAUAGAGCGAAACUUUGUUCCAGACACUCCGGUGGGUGUGGCCCACUUCCUGCUCCAGAGGAAAGGCUUGAGUAGGCAGAUGAUUGGCGAGUUCCUGGGUAAUCGGCAGAAACAGUUCAACCGGGAUGUCCUCGACUGCGUAGUGGAUGAAAUGGACUUUUCAGCUAUGGAGCUGGAUGAAGCGCUCAGGAAAUUCCAGGCACACAUCAGAGUCCAAGGGGAAGCACAGAAGGUAGAGCGACUGAUAGAGGCCUUCAGCCAGCGUUACUGCAUCUGCAACCCCGGUGUGGUGCGACAAUUCAGGAACCCCGACACCAUCUUCAUCCUUGCCUUUGCAAUCAUCCUCCUCAACACUGACAUGUACAGCCCCAACGUCAAGCCUGAGAGGAAGAUGAAGCUGGAGGACUUUGUUAAGAACCUUAGAGGAGUUGAUGACGGGGAGGACAUCCCCCGAGAGAUGCUCGUAGGGAUAUAUGAACGGAUUCGCAAGCGGGAGCUCAAGACUAAUGAAGACCACGUUUCCCAGGUUCAGAAAGUGGAAAAGCUAAUCGUUGGAAAAAAGCCAAUUGGCUCUUUACAUCAUGGUCUUGGUUGUGUACUAUCCCUACCCCACCGGAGACUGGUCUGUUACUGCAGACUUUUUGAAGUGCCCGACCCCAACAAACCUCAAAAGUUGGGCCUGCACCAAAGGGAGAUCUUCCUUUUCAAUGACUUGCUAGUGGUUACAAAAAUCUUCCAGAAGAAAAAGAAUUCUGUGACAUACAGCUUUCGACAGUCCUUCUCUCUUUAUGGCAUGCAAGUCCUCCUCUUUGAGAAUCAGUACUAUCCCAAUGGCGUUCGCCUGACUUCAGCCAUUCCUGGAGCUGAUAUCAAAGUCCUCAUCAACUUCAAUGCACCCAAUCCUCAGGACCGCAAAAAGUUCACUGAUGAUUUGCGAGAAUCUAUUGCAGAAGUCCAAGAGAUGGAGAAGUACCGGAUAGAAUCUGAACUGGAAAAACAGAAGGGCGUGGUGAGGCCUAGCAUGUCCCAGAGCUCCGGGUUAAAGAAGGAUGCAGGAAACGGAAACCUGAGCCGAGCGAGCCUUGACGACAGCUAUGCCAUCGGUGAAGGUCUGAAGAGAAGCGCCCUCAGCAGCUCCCUACGCGAUCUCUCAGAUGCAGGCAAGCGUGGGAGACGCAGCAGUGCAGGAUCACUAGACAGCAAUAUGGAAGGGUCCAUCAUUAGCAGUCCUCACAUGCGGCGGAGAGCCCCCUCCACCCGAGACUGCCCAUCCCGUCACAGUGCCCAGUCCCUGCCCAACUCUUCCUCGUUGCUUGGAUCGUUGUUCGGCACCAGGCGUGUGAAGUCGCCCAGCCCCACCCCUCAGCCCCAGCUGCACCCUACUCUCAUCUCCCACACCCCGCACCCAGCCAACCUGCACCACACAGCCCGCGUGGAGACGGAAGGACCAGUGCCCAUGCACCCGCAUCACGCCCAGUUCUGCCACAUGACCCAGAACCCACCCCCUUAUCACCACCAUCACCACUACCACCCGCCGGCCCACUUGCAGCACCCACCGCACCAGUACCACCCUCCCCCGUCUCACAGCCAGCAGCAGCCGUACCCGGCUCAUCCUCACGGGCCCCAUGGGCACGGGAGCCACCCACCGCACUCCUCCACCCACCCCACUCACGGCCCUCCCCACCACCACGGCGCGCCGCCACCAUCCUCCCAGGGACCCAGCAGCACCAAGCCCAAGCACAGCGGCAUCAGCACAGUGGUGUGAGGGGCAGGGCGUCCUCUCUGGACCCUGCAGCUGAACUUUUUCCUCCUGGGCUGACGCGACGGUGGCACUGUGCAUCGCCGGUCUGGGGCUACGAAGCCAGACGAGAUCCCGUUGUGCCUCCUUCAGAUUUUUUUUUCCUUUCUUUUAGAGCCGUUUCUGUCAUUUCGUUUCAGGACAUAAGACAUGUCUACCCGCUUCAGGAGCAACAGACAAGAGCAUGCACAAAGACCACAACUACUGUUUGUUUCUCAGUAAACUACGGGAACUCGCUUACUAGUAUUUUACACAAGAAGUACAUGUUAAUCUUCACACAGUAACUUUAAACGUUGUCAGGACGGUUUGGCUGAACAGACACGAAGACGACAGCUCAGCCUCAGCCGUGGCUGUGCGAGUAUUUAAUGUAGCAGUAGCUCACAGUGCACUGUGAUAUCUCUGUUAGCAGUGAUAAAUGUGCCAAUUAUUAAAGCAUUUACUAAUUUAGUCACACAGAUUGCUUUAUGUAUAUUGUGCAUAGUAUUUUGUAAAAUAAUAAUAUCAAAUGUUAUUAUUAUAGUUAUUACUACAGAACAAACAGCAUCGAUGAAAACUGUCAGUAUUAUACUUGCACAUAGGUGGCGUAGUUUCACUGUUAAGAAACCAAUCAAAGCUUUUCUUAGUUAGGCAGUCGGACGCAAGAGUACUGCUGUGAACGGUUGCCUUUGAGCUAGAAGUUAGAUUGUUGAGGGCUGCUGCACUCCAGCCUGCCUACAGUCUCAUUCACUGCACGUGUCUCCGGGGUGGAGCUCUCUCUCUCCUGCUCUGGAAAGCAAAGGAAACCAGCGGCACUCGCUGCUUGCCUGCCCUCCUUUUAUUUUUUUAACUAUUUUUUUAGAAUCCAAUGAACAAUACGAAUAUAUAAAGGCUGUCCUGCAGCCUGGUGGGACUCUGCAAGUCUGUCCUGCAGGAGGAGGAGGAGGACGCUGGAUGUUUUUCAUGUGGAAACUGAGGGAGAAACUGUGCAGCAGGAAAACAUGUCCCACUGUGGAAGCUCUCAGCUGGCUGAGCGUGCCCUCUCCCUCUUCGGUUUCCCCGUGUGUCUGUUGGAGCGGCGAACGUGCCGUAACUGAGUGUUUUGUUUUGAGGUUUUUUCCCUCGGAUGGAUGCCACGGAGCAAAAAUCAAUAAUUAUCAUUCUGUGAUGGUGACAGCGCCCUUAUGCUUGACUCAUUACGGAGAGCGGUUUUAUAUCAAUCAUCUUUCUGACAUAUUAUGGGAUGGCUGGUUCUACCUCCCGGUCAUCCCGUGCACAGUAUCUGUGGUGUGUGUGUGGAGCGGAGGCUGGGGGGCUGCUGUCCUGGAGCAUAUUUUCUGUUUUUGAAAACGACAGAUGCAGCGUGCAUUCUACAUAGCUGAUAUCAAUGGCAGGAGUUAGUCUGUAUCUGCUUAAAGACUGUGAGAUGCAUUUUUUAAACUAGUGCAAUAUGUAUUUACUGUUUUUUUUUGUUGUUGUUGUUUGUUUUUGUCUAAGAACAAGUUCAAUCUGUUGGUCGUUCUGUUAGUUUCGCCCUUUACUUUCUCCCUCUGGCGUCCUCUGGCAUUUCUUUCUCAGUGUUUCAGUGAAGUGCAAGUAUCCACAUGGAUUUGGAGGGACUGGACCUUUCACACUGAUACAGAGUGUCACAGAAAAGAACUGCAUGUAACGUUAUAUCUUGAGGCUAUUUUCAAACUGUGUACUCCCAAACUAUAUCAGUGUUACAGUUGACAGUUGUUUAAAAAAAAAAAGAAUGGUAGAAUAGUUUUGACUUCUUCAAAUACAGCUAACCGAAGUCAGCGAUGUGUUCAUGUCACUCCAGACGAUAAGUAACCAAAUCUGUAUUUUAACCCGAUCCACAUGCAGUACAGUAGUUAAACUGGAUCGUUAGUGUUCAACUGUAGUUAAAGCAGGACCUGAUCAAAGCUGUAACGGGGAAGCUCUGUGGAUUCUGUCAUUUGAAAAUCAGAGUGAUAAAAAGGAAACUUUUAUCUUCACAUUUUCUCUAUGUCUGUCAGCGGCGCACACGUUACCAUUUUCAAGUGGUGUCCAGUAGAUCAGUAUUCUUAAAUAUAUAUGCCCUCAAAUAAAGCCACGCUUUAUACUUGCUUCAUAACAUUUGAUUGAUUAAUACGCUUAGAAAUGCUCUUUAUAUUCAUUAUAAGACAACUUUUGGGUUGCCAAGUUCUGGAAAGUGUCUUCUGGCCUAAUGUUUACCCAGUUAUACAGGAAAUUACACAUUUUAUGACAUACGAUAAAUUAGACGUUUUUAAGGUUUCUCUCUAACAGUCUAGUAGUUUACACAUUCACCUAACAAGCCAAACGUCCCCAAUUCAAUCCAGAGAAGAGACACAGAUUCUUUUGGUGUUUAUGUAAGGACGGGCAUCAAACAUGAGGCGCUACCUGCUUUGGCAAAGAGCAGCCAAAAGUAGUUUUUUUUCCAGGAAUCCAUAGUCUGCAGCUGACCGAUUAUUAUAAAUGGUAUUUGUUACACUAUUUUUUAGCUCUCUGCUUUUAUUGGAGUAGCUUUGCAUGCUUUUCACUGUUCAGAAUAAUCCAUGUUUACAUACUCAGUUCAUCUGCUGUCUGAAACAAGCAGUUACAGCUCUGUUCCCCUUCUUUUUAAGCCAUUUAGUUUCUGAUUGGCUACACAAUGUUAUCAGUAUAUAGAUUUUCAAAUGUAAUUUUCAAAGCUUUUCCACAGGCUAAAGGUACUCUGUUGAGUUUCCAAACAUUAGUAGGUUUAAUAAGCAAUUUUAUAUGGUUCCACUCUGGUUUGAAAAGCAUAUAUAAACAAGUAAAACCUCCCACGUGUGCAAGCAGAGUUUAGAGUUUGUGUACAAGUCCAUAGGGCAGUUUCAAGUGAUAUUUGUGGAUUUACAAAGCAGGUUCCAUACUUGGCACAGUUUCCCCUCUACAUGUGCUAACUCUCACAUCAAACAGUACAACCUGCCUCUUAUUGAGGUGAUACUCUAAGCAAAUAAGAUGCAAAAACUAUGAGAACUGCUUCAAUAUUUCCUGGAAAGGUUGAGUGAGGAUGUAGAUUUGCCAAGACCUUACAACCUGGCAACCCAGAGCUUGUGCUUCUUAAAGUUUUAUUACUGAUUUUGUAAAGCAUUUAAUAAUGUUAAAAAAAAACUAUCUAAUUAGAUUCUUUAUCUUUUUUUUUUAGAAAAAGAACAAUUUUAUUUAAAGGUACGUAUUUAAAAUUGAUGGUUAAAAACCUUCUGAAAUGAACUGAAGCCAUCAAAUAAUGUGGAAAAAAAAUACUAUGACUUCAUGGACAUCAUCUCUGUAUGGUAUUAACCCUGAAAAGCCUGAACCAAGAAAUAACUGCCAGGAAAUUCACACUCUCAGAACACUCUUUUUGAGAGUGUUUAUUCAACCUUACUUUUAAUUUUUUACAAAAAAGAAGUGAAAUAUCAAUUUGCAUAUAUGAGUUUUAAUUUAUUGCUACAACCGGCAUUUUUGUGCAAUUUAUUGCUUAAAAGUUUAUUGUGCAGUUUAUUCAGGUUUUUCAGGAAAAAAGAAAUCACAUUGAUAAUGUAAGGGUCUAAAAAACUCAUGUAUCAAUUAUGAUAUACUUGGCAUUACAGGGUUAAGUUAAAAUAGGACCCAACUGUACUUUCAUGCAAUGCACAUUUGUUCCACAAGAUGGUGCUGAAAUAAAUGUAACAUUAUAACUUGUAAAUCAGGUAAAUCAUUAGGAAAACAUUCCUAUUUGCAAUGGUGGCCUGCAAAAGGCAACACGUUAAAAAACAUAAAAAAUGAAAAGAACGACACCGCCGAAAACAUUUCAACACACCUGCUGAGAAAACCACUGCCUCCUGGUGGUGAAAGUUUUAUUAACGCAUGCGUACAAUUUGCAGUGUGUGUUUACAAAAAGUACCUUUAAAAUAGAUUUUGUUGUGUCCGUGCACUGUAGGCUCCUGUAACUUUCACACCUUAUAGUUGGCUGCAGUUUCUGUGCUACAGAGUCAGGAAAGUGCCAAUAUUGCAUUGUUGAAAUCAGUUUAACGUGAAAUCUACUGGGGCUAUAUUUAAACCCCAAUGCUGUACAUGACCAAUCACAAAGUUUGUCUUCAGUCCAGGGUUCGAACACUAACAGGCUGUUAGAGAGUAAUGGUACAGGCAGACACCAAGAAAGGAGCCCGAGUUACUUUUAUUACGCUACAACCUUCCAGUUCCUUCAGAGCACUGAUCUAUUGUGAAACCUGUCCAGAUUCCAUGUGAGGUGCUUUGUUGCAUGCCAUUGAUGCCUACUGUUUCUUUCUUCUGCUCUCCUUUUUUGGUUUUGUUUGUUUUUGUUUUUUCAACUGUUGCUCUGUCAAGCGGCGUGCUUGACUAGAACUUAACCUUCCAGCAUAGCUGUGACUUCUCUGACUUGUGCUUGUUUACAUCUAGACGAGUUUUGGACUGCUAGUGUGUCUUUUCAUUUGUGCAUCAUUCUCCUCCGGCAUGCAUUUCACCCAUAUUUCCACUGUAGAGUAUAAAGACCUGGCAGCGUACUGCUGAGUGUAAAUAUGAAAUCUAAUGUAACUUGAAGUAAAAGUAAAGAGGGCUGGACAUGGAGGAAAUAUUUUAAUGGCAAGUUGGUAAUAAAGAAUGAGUAACAUAUGUAAAUAGUCUGUAAAUUAUUGUUAUUAAUUAUUCUUAUUAUUACUAUUCAGUGUCUACAGUUACAUUGAAGGUGCAUUCCUGCUCCCUUGUGAUCUUUACAUAAUCAAACUGCUUCUCUCUGCCUCCGACAGGACUGAAUUAUCAUAGGAUCUAGA